GGAAGAUAGACGACUUGAGCUUGUUGGCGAAACCUUUUCUUAUAACCCUAGUCCACGUGCUCUCAAAUCAUCUCGCGCUUCUGCAAAAGACACAUUUCAUUCUACUCCUUCUUAUUGAUAUGAGUCGAAGACAACGAACAGGCUCAGUUUUGCCGAAGGCUUCUUUCUUUCGUAUCUGAAAACUGAAAUCGUUGGGGAAGAAGUGCGCUGCUACGAUCGAAGUCUAAAGAAAUUCUGAAAGCAAGAAAAAACUGAAACAAGAAUCCAACCAGAUGAGAAAAUACACUUUUUAAUAAAAUAUAUGGAUUUGUAUGUUUUAUUAUUUCAAUAAAUAUGGCCAAUUCCCCACGAAAUUCACUCGGUAAUGUACGCUCUGAUAUGGACAUAACGUACCCUGAACAUCUGUCCAGGCUUCACCGACACUCAGUUCUAACAGAAUAUCCGAAAAGCUUCUAUAACCCAAAAAAGAACACCCGGAGUCGACGUGGUAACAGAUAUCGCACACAGCCAGUAACCUUUGAUGAGAUUCAAGAAGUUGAUGAGGAGAGCAUGCCCAUCGAGCCAGUUCCCGAUGAUCAGAAGCAAAAGAUGUCUACUUCGCUUGAAUUAGAGUUGGGCUUAUUCAGGUUCUCGAAAGCUCUGGGAUCAAAACUGAAGACGACGACUACAUCCAGCGCAGCAACUCUGCCUACUGAUGUAGAUAUUCUGGAUCGCAAUAGAGCUGAGAAGUCUAUUCAGAAACCUAAUCAUACGAAGCCAGCAGAUCAACUAAGAUGGACAGAUUAUACUAGAGAAGGUUCAGUUUGAACUAUCUUUAGUGAUUAUAUUCGUGCAAUUUUAUAUAUCUAAAUAAUUAAUGUAACGUCUCAGUAUUUGGGGAAAUGUGAAACUGAAUAUAUUACUUUUUUUCUGUCAACAGUACUUUCCUUAAUUCUUCUGUUCGUCUUUCGUGAGCUGAAACUAUCAGCAGUACAUUUAUUCUGGCUCCUUAAUUCUUCUAUUCGUAUAUCGUGGGUUGAAUUAUAUUUUCUUGUACAAUAGGUGCCACGUAAUGUUUAUUUAUUUACAUUAUGAAUAUUUUAUGCUAGCCUCGUGUGUGAUUAACUUCCUUCAAAUUGAAUUAUUUAUGGUUAGAAACAUUUUGUCAAAUGUUAAUAUUGUCAUGUAUGUUAAUAUUGUCAUGUAUGUCAAAUGUUAAUGUUGUCAUGUAUCGUGAUUUAUCAUUUCAUGCAUUUCUAAUUUAAAGUAUAUCAAAUAAUUAAUAAAAUAUUACAAUUUAUAAACAGA